AGCACAGCCCUGGAGCACGGCUGUAUGUUAAGAGCGCGUUUACGCGGAUAUAAACGAAACGGCGCCUGGAGGUAUUUAGACGGCCCAAUGUGUGACAGAUGGGUCUAAUGGGAGCAGGGGGUCGCAGCUGCCAACGGUGACUGCUAGGAUGAGGUUCCCCGAUAACGCUUUUUCCAGACGCGCGUCUCCACUAGCUCAUGACGUCACCGCAUCCCGGCGACUCCCGGCCGCUGGGGACAGAGGGAGAAAAUCCCCGAGUCCGAGAGGUAGUCAGAGGACCAGCGGCGGCAGCAGAGGGGUGUCCUGGCCCCCCACCUCAUGUCCAUCCUUCAGACUUCCACCCCACCCCGCAGGGGCGAGGCCCCGUUUCCUUCCGGAGCGGGAUCUGCCCGGGAAUUUCCCCGGCGGGGGCAGCGUCGCCUUCCAGCCCGGAUCAUGGAUAAAAGGGGCUGGCGGCUCUCGGGGCGCUCAGAUCGCUCUGCAAGCUCUUCCUCGGGCACCUGCUCUCUACGACUCGACCCUGCACGCUCAGCACCAUGGUCCAAGCCGCGACCCCCCGCGCUCUCCAGACCCUCCGCGCCGCGCUGCUGCUCCUGCUCCUGGGCGCCGCCUGCCGGCAAUCUGAAGGGGCGCCAGUGGCCUCCGAGCUGCGCUGCCAGUGCCUGGAGACCAUGCAGGGCGUUCACUUCAAGAACAUCCAGAGCGUGACGGUCACGCCCCCGGCACCCCACUGCCCCCGCACCGAAGUCGUAGCCACUCUCAAGAACGGUCAGCAAGCCUGCCUCAACCCCGACGCCCCGCUGGUUAAGAAAGUCAUCGAAAGGAUGCUUAAAAAGAGUCAAUCAAGCUAGAAGGAAGAAACAGAUCACAUUCAGUUCCACUCUUGGAGGAAUCAGAAUGAAUGAUGAAUAGUUCUGAUGCCGUCUGGAUUUUUGUUUCUUGUCUUUGACUAGAUUUUAUGAGGGUUCUAUUUAUUGACAUAUGUGUUUAUUUAUUUAUUUAUAAAAGCUCAUAUAUUAAUGUUCUAAUUUAAAGAUGUGAAUGUAUUUGGUGAUUUGCUGUUCUGGUGGGGGUUAUUGCCUUAUUAUCAAGCAGCGUUCAGGGGGCCCAGGUCCACUCCCUUUGUUAUGUGGCCAGAUUGGAAGGUUUAGUAUUAGGAUUCCAAAAUACCUGGGGUAACCAGGACACACCUAGGUGUGCUGGAGUACACUGUAAUGCGUAGGUCCAAACUCUGGUCAAGCCCUAAACUACCUCCUCAGCCCCUGUACUAAUAUUUAAAGGGUUUUUUUUUUAAAUAGUAAAUCAGGUCAGUCCUAUUAUUUAAUUUGGAUAUUGGGCACUUUAAAUGUUCUUCAUUCAUUAUACAGACUUUGGGAGAAGGGAAGGAGAGUUUAUAGCUUCCACUGUUUUGGAGACUGGCUGCUAAGAUGGGGACGGGAAGGGAUGGUCACCACAACUGUUUUGUACUGUUGAGGAGAAUAUCAGUUAUUUAUUGAAACAGUGUCAAUGUUUUGAAUGUUAAAUUUUUUUAAAACUACAAAGUUUUAUUAAUCCCUGAGACAUUUUAUGUCUUCUUUGUA